GAGAUCACAUCCUAGUAAACCCGCUGGGCUGUCUGUAUCAGUAUAUCGGAGCAGCUCAGGGGUGGGGGGCUGUAUGAUAUCCUCAGGAUUAUAGCUGCAGGAAACUACAAGAAUCUGUUUACUUCACCCUCGGGAGUCACAUCCGUAGAGAAUCCCACAAAAUGGACCUCAAGUAGGACACUGUUUCAAAGAAAUUUUGAGCAACUGAAUUCAGUACUUUUAUGGUCAAUUCGGGAUUACUUUUGGUGUCAUUAUUUAACCCUUCGCGAUGUGGGGCAGAGUAAUUUCGGACUACAAGAGUGGAUUUAUGAACUGCAGCAGACAAACAGGCCCUGAUGUUCCACCUACAGGAUGGGUUCCAGGUUGUGAAGCAGUAUGGAGGGCCCCUACACUCCUGACUAGUGUCCGAAAUAACAGCAACAGAAGAUUCAGCGCUACCUCCGAUAGUGGAGACACUGGAAUAGGCACUUCAAGUUCAGACAGCAUAGAAGACCACUCCAGCUCAAGUGGCAUCUCAUCCUUCAAACCAAACCGAUCUCACAUUACCAUCCCCACAGCCCAUGUCAUGCCUUCCACCUCCAACUCCUCUUCAACUAGACCUGGACAUCAGGACGGAGCUGCCUGCACUAAAUAUAACAUAACCUUGUCACAGUCUGGCAAGCCAAAAAACCUUUCUACACCAAAAACGAUUUUAGAUAUGAAGGAUCCCAGACCUAUCAGGAAAUGGUCAUCACUGUCCAAACUCUGUAGUGCAGAGAAUUGUAACCCUGAGUGUGGGGCUGCUGGGAAUGUGGAUUCAUUAAACAAUAUGGAAGAUCGAUCAAACUACAAUGUGGAGCCAAAUGCAUAUGGAGUAAAUGUGCCAGACAAUUUUACAUAUCAGAAGUUGGAAUGUUUGAGGAGUGAAGACACACAGAGUUGGAGCACAUGUUCCAAAGAACCCACGCAGAACCUCUCUUCAGUUUCUCAUGGAGGAUACAAAUAUGAGAACUUUUGUCGAGGUGCUGGGGACUCUUCUUUUCCAGCUACAACACCCAACAAAAACCACUUAGAUUUCAAGUUCAGUGCCUUACAUGCUGACAAAACGACCUCAGCUGACUGUGAUGCUUCUGGAAAAAGACACAGUUUUAAGUCAUUGGAAAGCCAAUCUGUUCAUGGGACACCAGCCCCAUCAUCCUUGAGGACUCAGUUGUGGCUUAGUGACCAGAUGCAAACCAAUUCUCUUGACCUCAGAUCUGCUGAAGGAUCAUGUGGUUUUCCUGUUUGUCAACAUAAACAGCACCCCGAACAGUUGAAACGAGAAUCUGAUUCAGUCCAGAUGCCCAAUAAGUCACCAUUGCAGGUUUCAUUGGUCUACCCCACCCAGCUAAGCCAGGAUUCAUGUGAAAGGAACUCACAACUGAAGAUGAAAGAGAAUUUACUGAGAAAAAAGGAUAUUGUCAUUGAAAGGCAGAUCAUACCAUACAAAGUGCAUCAGGGUAGCAGAACAGAGUGCAGAAUACAAUGGUACAGCCGCAGACAAGGUGCAGUGAGAAAGCAAUCAACACUAACAUUUGAGAGCCAGGAGCAACAGAUUAUCCGACUUCAGCAAAAAAUACAAGAAAAUGAACUUCGAGCGCAGAGAGCACUUUUGGAACGCUGUGAUCCUGCAUUCAUGAUAAAAACACAGCAUGAAUCCCCAUGUGAGAGUAUGAGACAUAUACACCAUAUAGAAACAUCCAAAGUGAUUGAUUGUGGAAAGAAAAACCUGGAGCAAAAGCUGUCUGCAGCGGAGCUUGAGAUUGUGCAUCUCAAUGAGUGCCUCAGGAAAAACACCCAAAAAUAUUUGGAAGAAGCAAAGAAAAUGGAGGAGAAGGUGAAAGCACGCGAGAAAUAUAUCAGCAGUCUGAAAAAGAAGCUGCAAAAAGAAUCUGAGCAAAGCCAUGAACGACAACAGAGAAUAGAAACCCUAGAAAAGUACCUCGCUGAUCUACCCACCUUGAAUGACUUUCAGAGCCAGAGUCAGCAGCUUAUUUUACUUGAAGAAAAAAAUGAAAAAUUUCAGGAUACGUUCAAAGAUUUGGAGAAAAAGCUAGGGGAGAAUCGAAUCCUUUGCAGAGAGAAGGAGGUGCUUCUGGAGAGUCAGAAGAAAAGGGAAAAGGCCUUAGUUGCCACUGUACAAAGUUUGCAACAGAAAGUAGAGAAGUGCCUAGAAGAUGGAGCUCGGCUUCCCAUGCUGGACAUGAAGCAGCUCCAGUGCGAGAACGACUACCUCAGGAAAAUGUGUGAACAUGCCAACAAGGUCAUUGACAAUCAAGAACAGCAAAUAAAAAAAUGUAACCUGGAGAAACAGGCUUUAGAGGAAAGGCUGACACAAGAAAAGUCUGCCUCGCAGACCUUCCGGAAAGAGCUUGGAGAGACCCAGAGAAAUCUGCAGCUACUGAAGGAACUCAUGGAAGAAUUUUCAUCAAAGAACCAAAGAUUACCAGAAAAUUCAACUUUGGAGGAACAAUCACAAGAAACUGAAGAGCCCAAGCAAAGCUUAGCAGAUGAAACACCAGCCAUUGAAAAGCUACUGAAAGAAAUGUCCUCCUGUCUACGUGACCUACGUGCACUAUGCAAUAUCCUUACUCAGAGAGCACAGGGCAAGGAGCCAAAUCUUUCUUUGUUACUCGGGAUACAAUCACUGCAUUGUUCAGGCGAUGAAGGAGAACAUUCCCAUUGUGGAGAAUUGCUUUCAAAGAAGCUAUCUGAUGUUUGUCAGUUACGGAAAGAUAUUGAUGAAUUAAGGACCAUAAUAUCUGAUCGAUAUGCUCAGGAUAUGGGUGACAACUGUAUAACUCAGUGACAACAUGUUUAUCUUGUAGCAAUAUGAGCACUGACUGUAAUAUUGCUUUGUUACAGUCUCGUGCUCUUCUAAUAGAGAGCCAUAAAACAAAAUUGCAGCUAACAUAUGAAAAAAAUGAGCCAUGAAUGAAGCUUUAUUGUUUUAAUGAAGGAUGUUGUUAUAAAAUAAUAUGGAAUAUAUGAACAUUUGUUUGCAGUUAAGUGUUUCUAAUCUAAAACUACUGAAGAUAGAACCGACCUUCCACACAUAUAAUUUAAAGAUAUUUCCUUUGAUUAUUUUGUUUUGUUAAUUGGAGUCUGGGACUGGAUUUAAUGAAGGCAAAGGAAGUUUCACAAGCCCUACAUUGUCAUCUUUGUGCAAGGUCCACUGAUAAGUGUGACUCAAGCACUUUGCUGGGAUUGAGGACCCAGGUUGGAAUUCUGCCUGGUCAGCCAAUCAAAAGGCAUUGUCAUGGAGUGAGUGCUUCCAUGGCACCAACCCAGGGUAAGGUAGCAGUGCUGAAUCCUAAGGCACACACGAGUGAUGGUAUGGUUGGUGUGACAGGGUGGCAAUCACGGGAGAGAAAAGCAAAGGGCAGUGUGUAUCUGAGCCAUCCCACACUACCCAAUACCAGCUACUUUGAUGCAAUGCCUUUGUAGGAAUUAACAAAGUCCUCUACUUGGAGCCUAGAAGCAACCUCGUACCAGUUCACUUAGUGAUCCCAAAUGAUGAAUCCUCUAGAUGCCUGUAGAUUAAUACCAGUGUCAGCUAGAUAAUGCCCUUAAGGUUGUAUUAAUUACCCACUUAAAUGGAAAUGGGAAGGACCACCACAGAUUCCACUACAAACAAAUAGAGGUGGAAAGAUGACUGAUUCUCACUGCAUCCCUCCCACAAGAUUAAAUUGCAUGCCCAAUUCCCCCAUUACUAAACCUGAGGAGGAGGAGGCAUUAAGUUCUGCCAGUAAUGACAAAACUAAAUAGAUUCAUAUUGAUUGGAAUGCAGUACAUAUUCAAGUCAAUGUGUUUUACUCUAAACUCAAGUUUCAAACUCUCCUAGGACAAACAUCUAGUGUGAAACGUAUCUCUACUGACCACAAAAGUUUAUGAUUUAAUGCUCAGUGCUGGGGAAUUAGGUAUUGUCCAUUAGAUUAGAGGUAUAGACUUUACAUUUUACCUUAGUGCCCUGACCUAAUAAGAAAAAUUAAUCUGUGUUCUGACUGCUGAAUAUUAUUGAGUUGGAAGAUACUUACAUUAAGAUGUUAGGCCUAGCUGUGGUUUCCCUUCUCUUCACCAUAGAUAAUACCUAGUAUCAAAAUUUACAUAUAAAAAUACCGAAUUAGCAGAGAUCCAGUUGUUGGUGGAUGACUAUAUGACAGUCCAAUUGAAUGAUACACCUCCUUCCUGAGAGAAGGGGUGAAACAUUAGAAAAAUUAUUUGACUGGGGAUUGAAAAAUCCCAUUUCUAGUUGAAUGGCUCUUAAUGUGUCCCAUUGGGAUGAUUGUGAGCUGUGAAAAGUAAUAAAAUUGCUGUCUAUUACUGACAAAAUGGAACUUUAGGCAUUUUACAAACGUGGAGCAGUUAUUAUUGUGAGUUCCAAUACUCAGCUGUCAAUUUAGAUUUAUUGGACCGUGUUCAUACUUAAUUGCAUGCCCAAACUCCAUUGUAUGUAAUAUGUGUUCUCAAUAAUUUCAGCCUGGGAAGAUCUCUUUCACCCUAAAACCAAAUUUGUUUUCCUAUUUCAUCAACUUACUCAUGAUCUUUUAAAACCAAAACUGAAUUAUAGGCAAAUUUAUGCUCAAUUCUGGAAGACACUAUAAGCUUAGAGGAGAAGUUGGUGGUGAGAAAAUUAAUCAAUCAGAAAAUAAAACAAUCCAUUUCCAAAACAGAAAUUGCUGGAAAA